AGGGUCUUUCCUUUUUCGUCCGCAUGGAUGUCUCUUGUCCCCAUGCCACCACCCUCAUUUCCCCCCAUUUGCCUGUGUCCGUUCACCUCUGUUGUUGCUGACGUGUGGGCACCACCCCAGCUGCAGCAGCAUACUCAAGCCUAUCCCUGGUGCCCCCAGAGCUUGUGAGGGACUACACGGCAUCAUCAGCCUUGUUCGUGGCAAAAAGUCAAAUGGACGCGCCUGGGAUUGAUUGGCCACACUGUGAGCCCUUACGCCAUAUGGCCAUGGGUACCGAGCUACUCGUGCCCAUCCCGAAUUUCCAACACGGGCCCAGUGUCUGUCGAUCGGCACCAGUCGACAUGGACAGAUGCAGCAGCGGAUGAGCUUCUAUGGUCGUACCAAUCUGACGCUGUCUGGUUUCCAGCCCCGGCAGUCGUUGGCGACCAAAAAGAGGAGAACCCAAACAUGAGCGGGGUUAGGGCAUUUUGGCGCGGUGUCCCUGUGAAGUCAGAAUCCGUCCCAGGUGCCAUCCUUGCUCUCCACUACGCAUCAUACGUCUAGACGCCUCUCUGUUUCUUUAUUAAAGGAGCCUCGUCGCCCAUCAACGGCUUUCGAAGAGUCAGAUCCAACGCAUUACACAUCUUUAAGCUAUCCACUCCCACAUCAGCUCGAAUUUUCCCGUUCCAUCCAAACUCCUAGAAUAAUUCUAUGCCAUAUAUCGUCAACACACUCGCCAAUAUCUUACAGUUUCCAAUGUCUUCCCGCGAUCAGUACAACCCUGUUUCCAUGCCUAUAAAUAUAACUCGUCCGGUUGAUUUGCCAUCAUAUUCUCGCUCGAUGCAUCAACACACUCAACGACAAAUGGAAGCUGCAUCUCGAUCAUUACAUCGUCGCGGAAACAGAUGCAAUAAUUCACACAUAUCCAAAAUGUCUGCCACCGGGUCAACUUCAUCAUCUGGAUCUAGCGUGAACAAUGACUAUCACGAUUGAAAGCCCAUGGCUUAAUAUUCGACACCAACAACUAGUACGGAGCUAGUUCCACCAGUCUCAACCGUUAUCAAGCCCCACAGGAGCUGUCCAUAAUUUAUGGAAAAUAUACCGAAAACAUACACCAACCAUUCAUUUGGUUUGGACCACACAGAGUGGACAGGUUAUGAAUUGAAUUAUACACGAACAUUUAGCGACAGGCGUCAAGGGUUGGGGCAUUACUACGGCAGCAUUCGACAGGAAUAUGAAAUGUCAGGAAAACAUAGUAAUCGCGCGUCUUAUCCAGUGGUAUAUUAGAAUUUCACAUCUGCAAAGCAAUACUUGUGUGAGGGGAAUUAUUCAUGAAUAACAAAAUCUGCCAGUUACGCAAGCUUUCCGUCCAUGGUGCGAUGGAAAUGUGUCAAUGUAUUCUAGAACAUUCUCACAAUUCCCGUCAUUAGUAACACUAUUAUUACCAUGCAGCA